AGCAAAGCAGGCCGGCACGCACCCGCAAGUCCUCACCUCCCCAACCCCCACUCCCGCGAGGGCGCGAGAUCUCUCCCCCCUCCCCCCAGAUCCGCCUCGCCGACACUGCCCGCCCGCCGCGCCGCCGCCGACGCCGCCAUGUCGCACAACUACGGGGACACGAUCCCGCUGCACCCGUCGUCGGCGCAGUCCGACAUGGACGAGAUCGAGAGCCUCAUGUACGACGCGCCCUCCGCCACCGUCCUCCCCGCGCGGCCGCCCUCCCCGCCGCGCGCCUCCAUCCCCAUCUCCACCUCGCCUCCGCCGCCGUCCUCCAAGCCGCCCCUCCCCGCCUCCUCCGUCCCCAUCUUCGUGCCCCAGGGGCCCACCCCCGCCCCGCCCGCGUCCGUCUCCGUCGCCAUCGCCUCCGACGGCUUCGGGCCCCCGCCCAACACGCUCACCGAGCCCGUCUGGGACACCGUCAAGCGCGACCUCGCCCGCAUCGUCAGCAACCUCAAGCUCGUCGUCUUCCCCAACCCCAACCGCGAGGACCCCGGCAAGGCGCUCAGGGACUGGGACCUCUGGGGCCCCUUCUUCUUCAUCGUCUUCCUCGGCCUCACACUCUCCUGGUCCGCCUCUGUUAAGAAGUCUGAAGUAUUUGCUGUUGCGUUCGCUGUGCUGGCAGCUGGGGCUAUAAUCUUAACACUAAAUGUUCUGCUUCUGGGUGGGCACAUCAUCUUCUUCCAAAGCCUCAGUCUCCUUGGCUAUUGUUUGUUUCCUCUGGAUGUUGGAGCCCUAAUUUGCUUGCUGAAGGACAAUGUCAUACUAAAGAUCAUCGUCGUGACAGUCACACUGGCGUGGAGCUCCUGGGCUGCCUACCCAUUCAUGAGCGCUGCUGUGAACCCAAGGAGAAAGGCUCUGGCCAUCUAUCCUGUAUUCCUCAUGUACAUCUCGGUGGGGUUCCUCAUAAUUGCCAUAGAUUAGCCCCUGGAGUGAGCAAUGUAGUAACAUUUGAAAUGUUGAAAUUUUCCCCGUUGUACCGGCGGAACGUAUACAUGCUUGAAUAUACUCUGUCCCCCCUAUGGAGCCCUUUUGGAUUGUUCUGUUGAGAACCUGGCCUUCACAUGAGCAAGAGACAUAAGGCUGUAAAAUUAGUCGAAAAUUAUAUAUGUUGGUCUACUGUUGUAAAGGGCAUCUUGUGCUUUGGACCACGUAAUUGACUAUAUCAAACUUUCCGACUUCUUCAACUGCUGAUA